GGCUGGCCGCGGGCAGCGAUGUGACCCGGGGCGCGGGCGGCGGCGGCGGCGGUGUCUCCCCCUCGGGGCUGAGGCGGGACAUGGCGAAUGUCAAGGUGGCCGUUCGGGUUCGGCCUCUGAGCAAAAGAGAGAAUGCAGAAGGGGGAAGAAUAAUUGUAGAAGUUGAUGAAAAAGUGGCAAAAGUCAGAAACAUAAAGGUAGACAAUAGGCUUGAGGGCCCAUGGGACACAAGAGAGAAGAUUGUGGCUUUUGGCUUUGAUUUCUGCUAUUGGUCAGUUGAUCCUGAAGAUCCUAAAUGUGCAUCUCAGGAAGUGGUUUUCCAGGACCUCGGCACCUCAGUGCUAUCUGGUGCUUUUAAGGGGUACAAUAUCUGUCUUUUUGCAUAUGGACAGACGGGUUCAGGAAAAACGUACACGAUGAUGGGAACUCCAGCAUCCAUUGGGUUGACACCUCGUAUAUGUGAGGGCCUUUUCUCAAGGGAGGAUGAUUAUUCAGAGCAGCCAGCAUCUUGCAGAAUAGAAGUCAGUUUCCUUGAAAUCUAUAAUGAGCGUGUCCGAGAUUUGUUAAAGCAAUCAAACCAGAAAAAACCUUAUACGCUUCGUGUCCGAGAGCACCCUGAGACAGGUCCAUAUGUGCAAGGAUUGUCUCAGCAUUUAGUUACAGACUACAAAGAAGUCAUAGGACUUCUGGAAGAAGGAAUAGCCAACAGAAUCACAGCAGCUACGCAUGUUCACGAUGCCAGCAGCAGAUCCCAUGCCAUCUUCACCAUUCAAUACACUCAGGCUAUACUGGAGAACAAUCUCCCCUCUGAAAUUGCAAGCAAGAUCAACCUGGUGGACCUUGCAGGCAGUGAAAGAGCUGAUCCCAGUUAUUGCAAAGAUCGAAUUACAGAAGGUGCCAACAUUAACAAGUCAUUGGUUACUCUGGGAAUUGUCAUCUCCACCUUAGCACAAAACUCUCAGAUGUUCAGCAGCUGCCAGAGCAUAAACAGCAUAACUAGUGAAGGGGACAACCACGUGAGCAGUCACUCUCCAGGCAGUGUCAGCGGAACUAGGCGUCAGGCUUACAUCCCGUACCGUGACUCCAUCCUCACCUGGCUUCUGAAGGACAGUCUAGGGGGCAACUCCAAGACCAUCAUGAUCGCCACCAUCUCUCCUGCUAGCUCCAGCUACAAUGAGACCAUGAGUACUUUGAGAUAUGCCUCAAAUGCCAAAAACAUUAUUAACAAGCCCCGGGUGAAUGAGGAUGCAAAUGUAAAACUGAUUAGAGAACUACGAGAGGAAAUAGAUAGAUUAAAAACUAUGCUGAUGAGCUUUGAACUGAGAAAUUCUAGCCCUUCCUGGAGUGAUGACAGAGAUGGAAAUCUGACAGAAUUGGUUCUUCAGAAUGAAAUGAAGAUUGAACAGCUGACCAAAGACUGGAGCGAUAAGUGGACUGACAGGAAAGUCAUAAUGGAAGAAUACAGUGUGGACAUCAACAAAGAAAAAGCUGGAGUGACAAUAGAUUCCAAUUUACCUCAUUUAAUGGCAGUGAAUGAUGAUAUCCUCAGUACUGGAGUUGUGCUUUAUCAUCUCAGGGAAGGAACAACCAAAAUUGGAAGAUGUGAUUCAGACCAGGAGCAGGAUAUUGUUCUGCAGGGUCAAUGGAUUGAAAGGAACCAUUGCAUUAUAGACAACAAGUGUGGGAUUGUGACACUGCGGCCAGUCCAGGGAGCAUAUUGUACUGUAAAUGGACAGAAAGUCACUGGUGCUUGUCGUCUGUCACAAGGAGGUCUUGUUGUCCUGGGCAAGGCUCAUAAAUUUAGGUUCAACCACCCAGCAGAGGCUGCCAUUUUAAGACAAAGAAGAUUGAUUAGUGAAGUCUCCACCGUAUUGAGCAGCAAAUCUUUGGAAUGGCUGGACUUGGAUGGAGAUUUCACUCCUUCCCCUCCCUAUAUCUUUUCUCCACUUGAAAAAGAAAGUCAAAAGCAUAUAGGCCAUGAAGAGUACAAACAUUCGACUGAAAUGAUGAGCAGAGAGAGAGAUUCUGUGCAUGAAGAGUACAAGCAGAAGCUGAGAGAUCAGGAAGCUUUCCACAGGGAACACAUUCAACAGCAGCAGCUCUACAUUGAGGAUUUAAAGCAGCAGAUCCUGGCAGGACAGAUCAAAGCAGAGCGGGAACUAGAAUAUGACCAGGCACUAAUCAACCAGCAGAUCAGAGAAAACCAACAGUGGCUUAAUGAGAAGAAACAACUUGCUUCCCUCCAGCCGCAGCAGAGGGAGUUUGCUGUACAGACAGAGUCUAAGUCAUAUGUAGAAGCUGAAGUGCAGAAUACUGUGGAUUUGGAGAUCUGUCCUUCCCUGGUAGAGCAGAACAGGAAGAGACUGGUACAGCUGGAGCUUUUGCGGAGAUACUCUUUAAAGAAAGCAGAAAGAAACAUAAGGCGGAAAAAGGUCAAGUUCCAGUUGGAGAGGAUUAUCAAGAAGCAAAAAUUACUGGAAGCCAAGAGAAACCUAGAGCAGCUAGAGGCUAGCUGCUGGCUCAGUGAGGAUAACCUGAAACAGUCCCAAGUCCUGAACCAAAAUACCACAAUUACCUCCUGGGAUUACAAGUUGCAAAGGAGAAGCAAGUCAUUGGGUUCAAGUUCCUUGCAACACAGAAGACAUUCUUUUUGUAAUCCUUACCCACCACAUGUACCCAUUUACAGGUAAGUAAACUUUUGUAGAAUUUUCCAUAUUUGUUCCACAUUUAAGAAAUAUUUGCUGCCCUAGUAUCAGGUAAUGUACUAAAAACAUUUUUAUAACGGUAUAUUAACCCAAACUUUGUAUAAGUCAAAACCCUGUUCCAUCUUAUAAAAGCAGC